AUGGGUUUUCCUACAAAAUGGCCUGUUGUAACGUUUUUACUUGCUAGCAUUGUGCUUAGUUUGAGUGUAGUGACAUUUGGAAAUAGUAAGCUUAAGACUGAAAGAUUUGAUGAUGAAGAUUGUGGUUUUAGGUGUCAUGGUGGUCCAAGAGGACCCAGAGGUGGACCAUUUGGCAGCCGUGGGAGGUGGGGUGGACCAGGAGGUGGAAGAUUUCAUGGUCCAGGACAUUUUGGUGGACCGAGGGACGACCCACGUUUUGGUGGUCCCGGUAGAGGAGGUGGGCUUGGUGGAGGUGGUGGUUUAGGUGGUGGUGGUGGAGGAGGUCUAGGUGGUGGCGGUGGAGGUGGUCUUGGUGGCGGUGGUGGUGCCGGAGGAGGCUUUGGUGGUGGCGCUGGAGGUGGUGCCGGUGGUGGUCUGGGCGGUGGCGGUGGUGCCGGAGGAGGUUUAGGUGGAGGUGGUGGAGGAGGAUUAGGAGGCGGAGGUGGUCUAGGAGGAGGUUCUGGUGGAGGUCUAGGUGGUGGUGUCGGAGGAGGAGUAGGGGGCGGUGCUGGAGGUGGCCUUGGAGGUGGUGCAGGCGGUGGAGGUGGGGCAGGAGGAGGAGGUGGAGUCGGAGGUGGCUCGGGUGCUGGUGGAGGAUUAGGAGGUGGUGCAGGUGGAGGAUUAGGGGGUGGUGCCGGAGGAGGUGUUGGCGGGGGUGGUGGUGCUGGUGGAGGAGGGGGAGGUGGACUUGGUGGUGGUGUAGGUCAUGGUGGAGGAUUUGGAGCCGGUGGAGGAGUAGGAGGUGGUGCAGGAGGAGGUCUAGGUGGUGGAGCUGGAGGCGGUGGUGGUGCAGGUGGAGGAGGAGGUGGUGGACUUGGCGGUGGUUCGGGUCAAGGUGGAGGAUUUGGAGCUGGUGGGGGCGUUGGAGGCGGUGCCGGAGGAGGUCUUGGAGGUGGUGGUGGAGCUGGAGGAGGAGGUGGUGGAGGUGUAGGUGGUGGAUCGGGCCAUGGUGGUGGGUUUGGUGCUGGAGGUGGUGUAGGAGGUGGAGCUGCUAGUGCAGGAGGUGGUGGUGGUGGUGGUGGAGGUGGCGGUGGAGGCGGAGGUGGUGGUCUUGGUGGUGGUUCAGGGCAAGGUGGUGGCUUUGGUGCUGGUGGAGGUGUUGGUAGUGGUGCAGGUGGAGGACUUGGAAGUGGUGCCGGCUUAGGUGGUGGUCAUGGACUUGGUGGCGGAGGAGGAGUUGGCAUCGGUGUUGGCAUUGGUGUAGGAAUCGGAGUUGGCGCCGGUGCUGGCAAAGGAGUAGGCACUGGUGUUGGUGUAGGUGGUGGAGGAAGACGCUAG